GUGUUCGUUAAAGAGUUAACUGCAGCCGCGUGCCGGAUUUCUUUUCCUUCCGUGCUUUCUGUUCUGCCUUCACUAGUCUGCAGACAGGAGACGCGGGAAGUGAAGUGGAGCAACGACGUGGAAGACGAGAAUGGGAAAACAUGCUUCAUAACAAACGCUGUCCUCAUGGAGACAAUUUGCUACGUUUCACAACGCAAGUAAAACAACCGACAUAACUCGUGACUUGGAAAUUAAAUCCCUCCUGAAAAAGAAAUUGCCAAUAUGGACGGGGGUUUGAGCAUUACAUUAUAUUCGGUAGCGAUGUUUAUCGGUUGCUUCCUACUCGGAUUCAUCCCUCUCUUGUUUCGACUUUCAGAGAGAAGCCUGCACUUUGUCUCCAUCCUGGGUGCAGGGUUCUUGUGUGGUACAGCCCUAGCCAUCACUAUCCCUGAAGGAGUGGGCUUAAUGCAAGAGUCCCGGAAACACCAGAAUGCAGCUUCUUUACAUGUUGUGAACGCAACCCUCACCAAUACCAAUGAAGGCGAUCCCUUGCCUCAGCUGUGGAUCGGAGUGGCUUUGACGUUCGGCUUCACCUUCAUGUUUGUGGUAGAUCAACUGGGCAGUUACUUUUGUUUGUGUGGACAAAAGACUCCUAACACUGACGCUAUAACAGCAACACUGGGGCUGGUCAUUCAUGCCGCAGCUGAUGGAUUCGCCCUGGGUGCAGUGGUAGCCACGGGGCAGGUGACAGUGCAAAUCAUCGUCUUUUUGGCUGUGAUUCUACACAAGGCUCCAGCAGCUUUUGGUUUGGUUGCCUUUCUGAUGCAUGCGGGACUGGAAAAAAAAUCCAUCCAGGGACACUUGUUGGCAUUUUCAGCUGCAGCUCCAAUUGUUGCCAUCGCGACAUACUUCAUAUUGCACGCAACGAGCACAUCGUCUCAGAAUCAAAUCGGUGCUACAGGUAUCGGGAUGCUUUUCUCGGGUGGGACAUUCCUUUUUGUUGCCACGGUGCAUGUUCUUCCUGACAUCAUCAGCAGUAGCAGACACAGUCGUGCGAGCCAACAACAAACAGAUCACCCACAGCAGCAAAGCCACUUGGGACUUAAGGAGAGUUUCACCCUUGUUCUUGGGGUGGGUCUUCCUGUGCUACUGGCUGUGGCGGUUCAUGAUGACUAAGAAGGACUUACACCUCCAAGGAAAACCUUUGGUUAACUUGAAAUUGUCAAUGCUGAGCGGUGGUGUCGCAAAGAGAAAGACUGACAUCAGAACAAUCAAGAUGCAUGAUUCAGUCAAGAUUUUGCCUUAGGAACAAGUGGGUCAGUGUCCCACCAGAUGGCGCUAAUGAAUGACAAUAUUUGCCAUCUGUGGUUUAGAAAUGCAAUGCUGUACAUACAUUGAAAAAAAUAUAUAUUAAAAACAAAAUUGCACAUCAGAUACAGUACAACCCAACUCUGUAACUCUUUGAGUUGAAAAGAUGAGGGAAAUACUGUAGAAAACGUGAAUGCUCUGAAUAUUCUAGGAAUGAACAAUAAGGUUACUGGUACAAUUUAUUUGAAUUCAAAUUUCUUUGGGUUACGGUUAAGGUUUAAGAACUUUGUUAUUUUUCCACUGUAUAUUGAAAUCUCAUAUUUAAUCCUGGUGCACAAUUUCUAUUACACAACAACACAGUGAUGCAGGAAGUUGGUUGCUAAGGGUCCUGCUGCACCCCUGGUGUUGGGGAGAAAAAAAGUUGGUAUUUUUGUUGUUGUUAAAAAUGAAUCAAUACGUAAAACAUAUUGAAACAAUAGUGUAUUUAUUUAACUUUGGGGAUUAAAUAUAUGUUGAUUAUUUUGUUGUUAAUAACAUGGUCAACACAUGAGAGCUUGCCAAGUCACGUUGGAUAACAUGCUAUUGGAAUGGAAAAGUUUGUUGACAGUGGAGCCGUUAACAUAUCACAAACACAGAAGUUGCAAAUAAAGGUGAUUAUGAUGUUCAUAGACUUCAUAAUGGUAUUGACGUGGCGCGGGGCCGAUUAAACCGUCAAAGCUGACCGAGUGGAAACAGACAAAGCUUUUUACGUUGAAAAUUCUUGUGAAUAAAUACUUGAAUCCCUGAAUUCUUUAUAGAUAUGAAUGUGAAACAGUCUCGAUUCUUGGUUAAAAGCAAGAAAAAAAGUGCAGGUAGAAUUUAAAUGUUGAAUGUGCUGCUCGUCUUCAAGUCACACUGUGGUACUACCUUACCACAACAAAGAGCCUUUUACGUUUAAAUUCUUGUGUAUAAAUGCUUAAAUCCCUCAAUUCGUUAUAGAUAUGGACGUAAGCAGUCUCGAUUAUUGGUUAAAAGCAAAAAAGCCGUACAGGUAGAAUUUAUUGUACGUAAAUGUGAAAUGUGCUGAUCGUCUUCAAGUCACACUGUUGCGCCGCCUUACCACAACAAAGAGCUUUUUACGUUUAAAUUCUUGUGAAUAAAUGCUUAAAUCCCUGAAUUCUUUAUAGAUAUGGAUGUAAAACAGUCUCGAUUAUUGGUUAAAAGCAAAAAAAAAAACAAAAACGUGCAAGUAGCAUUUAUUUUACGAAAUAUGUCGAAGGACGAUGCUACUCCGUCAAAGGACGAUGCUAUUUUUAUUCACAACGUUUCAAAAUGCAUGCAUGGUAUGAAAAAUACGAUAAUUACCUUGAAUCCUCAAACAGAUCACUCCUGAGAUGAUCCUUUUUGUUGGUAUGCGGUACAGUUUUCAUACUUUUUUACUAAAUCCGGCGUUACAUAUGCUGCGUGCGUGUUUGUGAAUAGCUCAUUUUGAUGUGGGCGGCUCCCUGCUUGAAUUGGGCGGGGCGCAGUCUGUUCCGAAAUGACCUGUCAAUACCAUUAUGAAGUCUAUGGAUAGUUUAUAAUAGUCCCCAGCAAGGAAAUCUUAGCUGCGGAUUUAGACCGUGAAGAACUUGAAAUAGUUUGCAUUGCAGCCAUAUUAUUGUUUGUUGUUGCUGUUGCGCUGCCGCCAUGCAGAGCGCUGUUGGAUAUUCGUGUGCAAUUUAUUUGAGUGUUGUGAAAAGUGGGCGUUACCAGGGGUCACGUUAACCGAAUAUUUUCCGUCGUUGACCGGUUUUUUAAAACUGUGACGGAAAAAACUGAAGUCCAUCCGUCAUUUUGACAGGUUGCAAUUCAUACCCCAGACCACAGGAUGGUGAGUGAGCAUAUUAAUUAGCUAUUGUCUCUCGAUGCAUGACGUCGUUGGCCUUACUCGGAAAAAUGUCCGAACUAGCAUUCAGGUGUAGCAAACACGGAAACGUUAGGAAGCUUUGGAGAGCAUUGUCUAAGGCUACGUUCAUUCUACAGGUUUUAAUGCACGAAUCCAAUUUUUUCGUGUUUUUCCGACUCGAGUCAGGCAUUAACUUGACGUUCUGAAUGGGACAAGUCGCAUAGAAGUGGACCAUUUCAA